AGUCAGUGCGAGUUGAAGUCGAAUUUCAGAUCAGCAUCGAAUGGAAAACCGACUUUCAUCAGGUUUGGAAAACGAGCGCAACCCAGCUUUAUUCGAUUCGGCCGAGCACAACCAUCGUUCAUCAGAUUUGGAAAGAAAGAUGCCACCUUUUAAGACAAACUGCCAUCCGAUCCUAUCUCUAAGCCUAGACCCAGAAUCUCCUUAG